GUAGUAGAACAAGUGAUGGUGGAUCAAUUAUCUAGAGCUGUUAUAAGUGACCCAGAGCAAUCCAUGUGUGCUGAUGUUUGCGAGGAAGCUCGUGGGCUUCUGGGACUUGGGACAGCACGAAUGCGUUUUAGAAAAAGAAUGUUUCAUGAAACCAAAAUAAGGACCAAAUCAGGAUUAACUGAAAACAUGCUCUCUAACAAGCUACGUUUUGAUAGUAGGAUUAUAUCGAGAAAUGGUCGCGAUGCUUGUAGAGAGUUGAUUGGAUUUUUUUUUGCAUGUGACAGAUCCCUUACUGUGUACGAAUUUCGACAGUUUGGAAAAAAUAGAACAAAUGCCUUGCCUUUCAUUCAGAAGGGAGUUUAUCAACAUCAGCGUGGACAAAGGAAGGGAAAAGCUUAUGAUCUUAGUGACUUCUAUAUUGGAGCUAACCUAACUUUCCGAAGUGUUGAUCAUAACCUUCCAGAAAGUGUUAAGCAGAACCCAGUUCUCAUCCUUCGUGUGAUAAGUAUUGAUGAAGCAGCUAUGGAUUUUCUAAAAUCUUCUUCUAUGGAAUUCAAGCAAGAGUGUUCCAAGCAAGUGGUCGACGACAGCGAAGUUUUCAAGAAGAUUCAAGGUAUAUUCAGAGAGACACUAAGUAAAAGAGGAGUUCGGGUUAUAACAGGCUUAGGAAAGUAUUUCCGACAAGUAGACAAGAACAGAAAUGGUUUUCUCUCUCAGGCAGCCUUUAAAGAAGCUCUGAAAGUGUUCCAUUUGGAAAUGCCUGAAGGGGACUUUGAAUCCUUAUGGCUUAUUCUUGAUGAUAGCAAGAGUGAUAAGGUCGACUAUGGAGAAUUUACUCGUGCUGUGUUUGGAGAAAUGAAUGAAUAUAGGAAAGCAUUUGUAAGAAAAGCUUAUAUGAAACUAGAUUUCAACAAAACUGGGAGUGUGCCUAUGGUAGAUAUCAGGAAAUGUUACUGUGCAAAGAAACAUCCUCUAGUGUUGGCAGGCAAAGCUACAGAAGAAGAAAUUAAAUCGUCAUUUCUAGAAACACUAGGAGAGUCCUGCAGCAACCCCAAUGAAGUGUCCUAUUCUGAGUUUGAAGAUUACUAUGAAGGAUUAAGUAUUGGAAUCAUGGAUGAUGAUGAUUUUGUUAAUAUCUUAAGAAACCCUUGGGGAAUUUAGAGCGGAAGAUGACAAAAAUGAAGAGGAGACAUUUUCUAAACAAGGAGUGAGCUAAAUAGGGAGGAUUUAGUUUUGAUGUGCAUUACUUCGUAAUUAGUGUCUUAAACUGAUUUCAGGGACUGAAAAUUUUCGAUGCUUUCAGAAUAAUACAUGGCAAAUUUCUUAGAGUGUCUGUUGAGCUAUGCUAACCACUCUUUUUUAAUAUAAAUGCUGUUCAUUCCUUUUCAUUGGAAAUAAUAAAGGCUGUUCCCCAUACCAAAAGGCAUCAUUUACUUGAUAUUAAAGUGGCCUAUUUUAAAAUAAGAGGGAGUUAGAAUACUAAAAUGCAUGAAGGAGUAUAUGCAAGAGAAAAUUUUGUUUAUGAUGCAUUGUGAGAAGCUUUAGAUUUGACUAUAUAAAUAUCAGUGGCAGCUUUUCUU